UUAGUUUUGUUGUAUGAGCCAAUCAAAAUUAACCGGAAGUGUCUGUUACUAGACCAAACAACCUGCAACAGAAAGGUGCGAGGAAAGACGGCGUUCGUGGACGUAUAGAUAACACAAAAGCGUUAUCAUGGCUAGACGAAAGCAGGAAGCGCAGCUUCAGCAAGAAAUAGAAACUCAAGAAGAAUGGGAGGACAUGCUUUCAAAGGAGGGUCUAUAUGUUGUUGAUAUCUACCAAGAGUGGAGUGGACCUAGCACUUGUCUAAUUGCAAAUCUACGACGAUUAAAAAAUGAACUUGGAGACGAGCUCCUUCAUUUUGCAGUUGCAAAAGCAGAUACCAUUGAUGCUCUAGAGAAAUACAGAGGGCACUGUGAACCAUGCUUCCUAUUCUAUGCUGGAGGUGUCUUAGUAGCAGUUGUCAGGGGAGCAAACUCUCCAAAAAUUCUCAGAACCAUAACAGAACAGCUACAACAUGAGCACAAAGUCAUUGAUGGAGGAGCUGAGAGGAAGGAGAUUAAGGAUCCAUACAUCGCUCAGAUGGAGUCUCAGGAAAAACUGGACGAAGAGGAGGAGGAGAAAGAGGAAGAAGGUGAGAAUCAGGGGACCCGUCCACAAUCUAGGUUUGCCAAAGGCCAGAAGAUGAAGUAUAGGGGAGAAAUAGUUAAUUAUGGGGACUCAGAUGAAUUAAUGCCUGGAUCAGAGGGUAAGAAAGAAAUCACAGUGUGUCUUAUCAAACCUGAUGCUGUUGCUGCAGGCAAAGUGCCAGAGAUUAUUGCCGAUAUUGAGGCACAUGGUAUCGAGAUCCUUAAGAAUGAAGAACGUCACCUGACAGAGGAUGAAGUCAGACACUUCUACAGCCAUCUUCAGGAUGAGUCGUUCUUCGAUGACUUCAUCAAGUUCAUGACCAGUGGCACCUCCCAUGUUCUGGUUCUGACCAAGGGUAGAACAGGAGAGAACAUCAUCAGCGAGUUCAGAGAUCUGAUUGGUCCAACAGAUGUGGAGGAGGCCAAGGAGGCUCAGCCUGAAAGUUUGAGAGCCAAAUAUGGUGAGAAGGCAUUCAUGAAUGCUCUCCAUGGCAGCAGCUCAGAAGAAAUGGCAAUGAGGGAGCUGGCCUUCUUCUUCCCAGACUAUGUUAUCCCAGAAUCAGAAGGAAAACCCAAAGUACAGAGAACUCUGGCUCUCAUCAGACCUGAUGCCUUCAAAAACCACAAAGAUGAAAUUCUGGCCAAUAUCACCGAGGCUGGAUUUAAGGUGGCUAUGCAGAAAGAGAUGCAACUUACAAAAGAAAUGGCAGAAGAUUUCUACAGGGAUCAUAAGGGUCAGGAUUACUUUGAGGAGCUCGUCACAAGGAUGACAAGUGGUCCAGUCCUAGCUCUUGGUUUGGCCAGAGAGGAUGCCAUUUCAGGAUGGAGACAUAUGUUGGGGCCCACCGAGGUAGAGAAGGCUAAGACAGAGGCCCCAGACAGUUUACGAGCCAAGUUUGCAAUAGACGACACCAAAAUCAACAUGCUUCAUGGUUCCGAUUCUGAAGAAACUGCCAAGAAAGAAUUAGAAUUCUUCUUCCCAGUGCAGCAGACUGUAGCAGUGAUUAAACCUGAUGCUGUAGGCACUAAAGAUGAAAUUAUUGACAGAAUCCAUGAAUCAGGAUUUAAGAUUGCAGCCACCAAAGAACAACAGUUGACCCGAGAGCUUGCUGAGGAGUUCUACGCCGAUCACAAAGGAAAAGAUUACUAUGAAGACUUAGUAGAACACAUGACAAGUGGACCUACAUAUGUAAUGGUGCUAUCAAGAGAAGAUGCCGUCCAAGGAUGGAGGGAAAUGAUUGGUCCAACAGAUCCCGAAAAGGCAAAGGAAGAAAAUCCAGACUCAUUACGUGCAGCAUAUGGCAAAAAUAUUCUCCAGAACGCCGUACAUGGCAGCUCAACAGUGGAACAUGCAGAGACCUCCGUUAAGAAGAUAUUUGGUGAUUUGAAAUUUGGACCUGAUGGUUCGGUCUUAGCGGACGAGGCAGUGGAACCAGAAAAGAAAGAGGGUGAAGAAGGUGUUGAGGAAGGUGAACAUGAGACAGAACAAAUCCCAUCAGAAGAACCCACGGAAAAGUCACAAGAAGAACCUGUUACGACCUCGAAACCUGAAGUAGAACAGACGUCCCCCGAGUAUCGAGAAGAAGAGAAAAAGGAGGAGGAACCUCCCAAAGAAGAUGCAACAAAACCUGCAGAAGAAGAAAAACCAGCUGAAGAACCGAAACCAACCGAGGAAGAAAAACCAGCUGAGGAGUCAAAACCGGCAGAAGAAGAAAAACCCGCUGAGGAGUCAAAACCGGCUGAGGAGUCUAAACCAGCCGAGGAGGAGUCAAAACCAGAGGAAUCAAAACCAGCAGAUGAGGCACCUAAAGAGGAAGAAAAAGCAGAAUCACCGAAACCAGAUGAAGAACAAAAAGGUGAAGAGGCUAAACCUGAAGAGGGUGAACAAAAACCAGAACAAACAGAAACAACAACAGAAGAACAAAAGCCAGCGGAAGAAGGAGAGAAAGAAGAAGAAAAGAAAGAGGAGGAAAAGAAAGAAGAGACACCAGCAGAACAAGGAUGAAUGCAUAAGAAAUUUUAAGGACAGUUAUUCAAUAAUAAGAAAUUUUGAAAAAGACAUUCCAUCAAAGAAAUUUUUCAACAUGAUUGAAGACCAAGAGAAUGAAGGAAAAAAAAGCAUUGGACAAAAUUAUUG